CCCCUGUUUUUUCUGCCCAUUUUUAGCUGUGACACCGGCUACAAGCACGGGAACCUCUUCAUGUCCUUCCGCAGCAUGUUCCAGGACGUGCGGGAGGCCAUGGACCAAGUGCAUCUCUCGGGCUGCCUGAAGGAGAAGACAUUGGAGAACCUGGAGAAAUACGUGGUGAAAGACCCCCGUGUGCCGCUGCUGCUGAGCCGCAUGAGGGAGGUGGGGAAGGUGUUCCUGGCCACCAACAGCGACUACAAUUACACCGAUGCCAUCAUGUCCUACCUGUUCGACUUCAGUGAUGCGGACAAGACCGGGACCCCCCCACGGCCCUGGCGCUCCUACUUCGAUCUCAUCGUGGUGGACACCCGCAAGCCGCUCUUCUUUGCCGAGGGCACCGUCCUGCGCCAAGUCAACACGGACACGGGGAAGCUGCGCAUCGGGACCUACACGGGGCCCCUCCAGCACUGUGCUGUCUACUCUGGUGGCUCGUCAGACUUGGUGUGCGACCUGCUGGGCGUGAAGGGCAAGGACAUCCUGUACAUGGGGGACCACAUCUUCGGGGACAUCCUCAAGUCCAAGAAGCGGCAGGGCUGGCGCACCUUCCUGGUGGUGCCCGAGUUGGCCCGUGAGCUGCAGGUGUGGACGGAGAAGAGCGAGCUGUUCGAGGAGCUGCGGAGCCUGGACCUGUUUUUGGCAGAGCUGUACCAGCAUUUGGACAGCGGCAGCAGCGAGCGCCCGGACAUCAGCUCCAUCAAACGUCGCAUCCAGAAAGUCACACACGAGAUGGACAUGUGCUACGGGAAGAUGGGCAGCCUCUUCCGCUGCGGCUCGCGCCAGACCCUGUUUGCCAGCCAGCUGAUGCGCUACGCAGACCUCUAUGCUGCCUCCUUCCUCAACUUCCUCUACUACCCCUUCAGUUACCUCUUCCGAGCACCUUCUGUCCUGAUGGCCCACGAGUCAACGGUGGAGCACGGCCCUGUGGAUGCUGGAGAGGGAAGCACAGCCCUGGAGCUGCAGCUGGACCAGCACAGCCAGCAGGACCUGGGGCUCCCCCAGGACUCCAGCGAAGAGGAGGAAGAGGAUGGUGAGGCCUGAGCUCACAGCCAAUGAUCCAGCAGUGCCAAUCCCCAGCGCUGCUCCUGGGGCUGAUGGCAGCAGAACAUCCCCACACCAUGGUGCCCUUCUCCACACCCAUGAGCUGUUGCAGGGCAGCACGAGUGCACCCAACAGCUCUCAAUCAGCUCCAGCACUGGAAACUGCUCUGGGGGGAUGGUGGCCAAACACACCAAGGCCUGGGGCCACUGCUGCUCCCUUUUACCUGCUAAGAGUCCCAGCCUCUCCCCUUCUUUACCUUUGUCUAUUUAUAAAAGGCACGUUAACUUCU